CGCGUGGGGUGAUGCUGAUCCGGACAAUGAACAGGGAGGGUGAGCGGGACCGAGCGGAGGAUGUGUUGGCGCGGUGGAUCAAGGUGUUUGAUGACUUCCCCCCGAAGUGGGUGAACGCUAUCUGCACCAACUCUGCCUCGGCGUACGUUGGCGCGGCGAACAUGCUCCAGGGGCCUGAGCAGAGGCCAGAGCAUCGUCGGAUCACGUGGCUCCCAUGUGUAGUGCAUGUCUACAACAAGAUGUUGUCAGAUAUUGGCUGCUCGAGCGCGUUGUCCAAGAACAUCAUCGUGCGGGUGAGAGCGGUGGUGCGCUUCAUUAAGGAGCACGACGGCGCUCUUUAUAUCUUCAGGAAGGAGAGUAAGCAGAUGUGCCUCAUUUAUCCGUGCGAGACACGAUUCGCAUCUGUGUUCUCGAUGAUUGAGCGUUUGCAGGCAGUGAGGUCAGCAUUGGAGAGGACUGUGGACGGUGAUGGUUUGGGUAUGGUUGGAGGGCUGCACAUGUCGCGGGUUAUUCAGUGGACGCAGGAUGUGACCCGCGAGGUGGCCAGGGAGGUUCGUGCACUUCUGGCGGAUUCUGCACACUACAUUGUGCAGAGGGUGCAGGCUCGAUGCGCGCACAUGUUGGAGCCGGCCCACGCCGCUGCUCACCUUCUUUGUCCCAGCCGGCGGGACUCGAGGUACUACGAGGGCGUGGUGAGCAGCUACGACGCGAGCUUGGUGAGGGAGGCAGAGGCUUACAUCUUGUCGCAGACAGGGUUCAGUGUAGCGAGCCCCGAGUACGAGACCGCAUGUGCGCAGCUGCGCGGCUUCCACACACGGAGGGGGGGGAUUGCGUGGGGAGGGAGGGACAGAGACAGAGAGGCACAGAGGUGCACCGGCGACGUGGAGACGUACGAGGCCGGGUGUUGGUGGUCGAAGUGGGGACAGUGCGCCCCGCAGUUGCAGGCCAUCGCUCUUCUUGUUAUGUACAUGUGGACGUGCUCCUCUCCUGCGGAGAGGAAUUCGGCCGUCCACGAGGGUGUACAGACGAAGAAGCGUAACCGCCUUGAGUUUGAGAAGGUUUCGAAGUUGUUGAGAUCUCAGCCAACGUCCGCCUUCUCUCGCAUCAGCGCGCAGGUCGUGGGUUUGCGUUACCGCGGAGGCGGUGGCGAGGAUGCCGCGGCAGUUGAGGAGGGUGAGCAUGAGAGUGUUCGUGAUGAGGGGAUGUCGGCAGGCGGCGGAGGAGGUUUGAGCGAGUUUGAACUGUUUGGUGACCUGGGAGUCAGAUUGGGACAGAUCAGCGCCCUGCACCCAGAGACUUUCACACCUGCCAUGCACGACGCGUUGAUGUCGCCACCGCUUGAGGCUGAGGGAGAUGAGGAUCGCACAUCUCCUGGAGAGACAUCUAAGGAGAGGUUGGAUAGGCUUGAGAGUCGUCGAGCAUGCCUCAUGGCACGAGCGGACCCCAGGACCCAGGAGUUGACCCGUGUUGUGGSUGAGGAGCGACAUAGAGAAUUGGGGACAUUUCCGCCGGCRUCCCUUCACGUAGAGACAACURCCCCCAUGGAUCCUCCRAAAGGGGAUCACGAUAGGACGCARGGGGAGGGAGCUUUGGCAGAGGCAUCGAGCAUGGGAGGGGAUGAUGAGCAGAGGGAGCCGUGCGAGAGGCACGAGACAGGGUUGGCAUCACUAGAGGACCGACCUUUGGUGCCUGACCAGACUCCCACCGACGAGCAAAGGCCCGAGGGGACGUUGCAUGACGCUGCCGACGUGCCUCUGCCCGCGGCUUUGGAUGAGGGUGCCGUGCACAUGUCCCCGGGUCUAGAGGACAUACAGACAGGGCAGUCGGUGGGCGUUGAAGUUGCUCGACCCUCUGCACAGGCAGAGGGCACAGCACCGACCACCGGGUGGGAGGAGGACGUAGAGAGGGACGUCCAUGCUAGUGGGGCGGGACGAGACCCCUCACAGGUCGAUAGCGAGGUUAUGCGUAGAGAGGCAGCGGGCACAACAUGGGUCGAUGCAGCGGGGGACGUCCAUGCUACUAGUGGGGCACAACACCGGGGGGGGGGGACGUAGCGGGGCACAUCCACGCUAGUGGGGCGGGACGAGACCCCACACAGGUCGAUAGCGAGGUUAUGCGAAGAGAG